CCUGCAGAGGGUGCUUCUUCCGCAGCUGCUGCACACAAAUCGAACACUAAGUUGGCCACUGUGAUUGAGGCUGACAGUGCUUCGAGCUCUGCCGGUGAAGAGCAAGCGGUAGUAGUGGCUUCCAAGAAGAGUGGGCAAAUGCCGCCCAUUGCCGAGAGCGCGACAGGAAGUCAUGCGCCUUCUUCGCGUGCAAACACCAAAGUUACGGCUUCCCCUAAUGAUCCAUCACCAUCUCCAGAGGCAUCCUGGGGACAUUUUCAAAGGGAAAAAGAUCUCAGGAUGGUCUUCAAGAUGGACGAUAAGGGUGAGCAGCUUUAACAAAGACCGAGAUCCGUUCCUCACUGACGGCCAUUGCCGCUCCUUCGUGCGCAUGUUCCAGGAAGCGGAAACGAGACAAUUUUUCGUCCCCAAGUUGGUCUUGCAGAACAUUCCUCAGAACUUGUCUCGCAGUGACAUGAUUUCCAUCAUGAAAUUCUUCAACCUGUGCCGCAUUGAGCGUCUAGAGCGUUCGGGAGCGGGUUCGGUGCCAGGCAUUGGUGGAGGUGCUCCGAACAACGCGAUGUCCGGACCUGGAGGACCUGGCAGAGGCCAACACAAUUGUGCUUCUUCUAUGGACGAUAUUGGUCAGGGCGGCUACAACUCACCUGGUCCAGUCCGAGUGCUGCUCACGUGGGAAGACGUCUAUUGCGAAGAAGCGCAGGAAGAGGAAGAAGAACCGGGAAAUGGAAAUUAUGUUGUCACAAGUUUCUAAGUCUAACUCUACAGAUACAGAUAGGAGAUUAGUGUGCUGAGUCGUGACAAUGAGUUCAUCAUCGAGCAACUAUUCCCAAGUUGUACUUGUUGAAAAAUAAUUAUUCUCUAUUAAAGCAAAAGUCUGUACCGUCACAACUAACUGCGCUGUUUACUAAAAAGCUUUAGCUGGUUUAUCGAAGGCAGUUCGGGUUGUCUAAGUCUCUCUCUCAGUGCUGUUUCUUGUUAAGUUGUUACUUUCCAAAACAUACGCAACUGCACCGCUUCGCUAUUGCAAACUUUGCGUGAGAUCCAUCGUGUAGGCCAUCUAUGACGCCCUUAAGGCAGUCUGCGCUGAACUUCGUGCGAGAUUAAUUGCAUUGUUGGCGGAGACUGUCAGCCAUUAAGUGCGACCAUGUUGUGAAAAUUGAGAUCCGCGGGCCGAUCAUUUCUUUCUUGUUCAACUCCACCUUCUGUAUCUUCACACCUCGCUCUAAUCCCCAGAACCGUGGAAAUUCGCUUUGCGGCCUGAGCAGAUGGGGCAAGGCCGCAUCCUUUCUCUGGUUACCUCUUGGCAACGUGGAAGUUAGGGGUUUCCAAAUUACAUCACCCACUACCAUCCUUGACCUGCUAUGCUCUGGUAGAAAAAAGGGCAAGGAUGUUGUUCUGAGGAAUGUAAUUGCGCAACCUGCUCUAAGGCAGCACGAACGGUCUGAUCCAAAGGUGCAGCUGUCCUAAGCACAAAGAGUUGGAUGACUUCUUCAAGGUAGAGCCUAUGCCGGGAGACUUGCGCGAAAGUCUGGAAGAGAUCACACGUUUCGACAACACCAAGUGCAGUGAAGAGGAAAGCACUAGAACUGGUGUAGUUGAAGAGCACCAGGUAGUCGUGGAGGAAAAGAACGUGAAAGAAGCUAGUGGCGAGAACAAGACUGGUGGCGGUAAUGCAGGCGAAAACAUAAACAAGUCGACAGAUCCCGAGGUAGUAGAGGAGAAAGAGAAUUUAGAAAAAGAUCCUGCUACAACUUCAUCCCAGACCAACGCCUACAAACGACCGUUGACCGCAUCCGAAAAGGCGGCACAGCGUGCUAAGAAGCAAGAGCGCUUAAGAGCAAAUGCGCGACGUCUUGCUGACUACACAAAACGCCAAAUCAGUAAGAUCGUAGCACGUGAGUCGCUGGAACUGCGAUUACUGGCAGAUCUGCUGUGGAAGUUCACAGUGGCAUCUCAAGCGAAUGGAGGAAGGAAUCAGC